UGAAUAGAUUGAGUUUGCCUUGCUGGAGCGAUGAUGCUGUUUUCUGUUAGUAGAGUCCUGUCCACUCACCGCUGCUGCAGGAUUGUUGUCAUUUUUCUGUGGCUAGCCUUCAGCGCUAGUUUGAUUUUCUCUCCAACAUACUUUGAUCCAGCAGGAUGUUAGGAUGGAGUGUGGCCCAGUUCUGCCGGACAGCCUGGUGUUGGAGAUCUUCCUGCGUCUGCCCCACGAUGCAGUGCUGAGAGUUGGUCUGACCUGCAGACAGUGGCUUGCUGUCUCCAGAGAUGAGUUCCUUUGGAGGGAGCUGUUCUACAGCUACUAUCGCAUACCACGCUCUGUACCCCGACACCCAGCGGCAGUGUCGUGGUACAAGGAGUUCCGACGACUAUUUGACUGUAUCCCCUGUGUGGAGGUUCAGACACUGAGAGAACACACUGACCAGGUCCUCCACCUGGCUUUCUCUCACAGGGGUCACCGCUUCUCCUCCUGCUCCAAAGACUGCACCGUUAAGCUAUGGGACACGGAGCGGCCAGAUGGUAAUAUAUCGAUGGUGCACAGCUCCAGCAUGCGGCAGUUUAACUGGGGCUACACCCAGUUCUCCCAGUUCAACGCUGACGACACCCUGCUGCUCGUGUCCGGUGUCUACCUGGGCCCACAUCACUCCUCGUCUGGGGAAAUCGCUGUCAUCAGUCUGGAAAAUUACACGCUGUUGUCGCGUGUGAGGAACAAACCGUACGAUGUGUUUGGCUGCUGGCUGAAUGAGACCCACCUGAUCUCUGGGAACCUGCACUGGAUAGGCAACAUGACAUCCUGCUCUGUGCUUUGGCUCAAUAAAGCCUUCCAGGAUGUUGAAUCAGAGAAUGUCAACGUAGUCAAGCGCCUUUUCAAGAUCCAGAACGUCAAUGCCAGCACCAUUCGCACAGUGAUGGUGGCCCACUGCCGUCGUCAUGACAACCCAGACUUGCUGCUGGACUAUGAGGCUCAGUCCCAGGCUCGAAGGCAGAAAGGGCAGCAGCAGCAGCAGCACCAGCCACUCCUCUUCGACCUGGGAACCUCGGGCAGUGAGGAAGAAGAUGAGGAAGAGGAGGGGGGCGAGGAGAGCCAAAAGGAAGCAAGGCUCGGCAGUUGCCGCCAUCUUCAGCCCACCAUCUCGGGCCUGGAUCACGUUAUGCAGAAUCGUAAUGUAGGGCACACAGAGUUGGCGAUAGAGACUCAUGUGGCUAAGAUGAUGGGCAGAGCCCACACAAAGGCCCCUGACCUAAUUGAGCCCUCUGAUCCCGGGGAGGGAGAGGACAAAACUUACUUACUCUUCACAACCGGCAGCCUUACAUACUCUCCUCACCAAAUAGGCAUAAAGCUAAUCAAACCCGACCAGAUGACCACUUGUGGUCCAGUACUCGGGGAGGAGCGGAGUUCAGAUGAGUUUUUUGAUUCCCUGGAUCAUGUUAUUGAUAUCCAUGGACACAUCAUUGGUAUGGGCCUUUCUCCAGACCACAGGUACCUUUAUGUGAAUAGCCGGGCUUGGCCAGCCGGGUGUGUGAUCUCUGACCCCAUGUCUCCUCCUCCCAUUGCCGAGGAGAUCGACCUGCAUGUCAUUGAUCUGAAGAAUUUGAGGGAGGAGAGAAGGAGCCUGCGUGCACACCGAGCCUUCACGCCUAACGAUGAGUGCUUCUUCAUCUUCCUCGACGUCAGCAGAGACUUUGUUGCCAGUGGAGCAGAGGACAAGCACGGCUACAUCUGGGACCGUCACUACAACAUCUGUCUGGCACGUCUGGCACAUGACGAUGUGGUGAACUCAGUGGCGUUCAGCCCCGCUGACCAGGAGCUGCUGUUGUCUGCAAGCGAUGACUCUACCGUUAAAGUGUGGCGCUCACCGCGCAUGGUUCGCCUGGUACAGACCCCCUCCCGGCCGCUGAGGCCCCGCAGCCUCCUGUCCUCCUGGCUGGGACGCAACAAGAACUCAACGUCUACCAGCAGUGUGAAUGGAAAACCAUGAGUCAGGUUGGAAAACACUUGCUGUGGGAAGGAAAAUUUGAGAAACAUAUAUAUAUAUAUAUAUAACACUCCAUGUAUAUGUAUAGUGUGAUUUCUGUCAGUGGUUUUGCUUGAGCUCACAGUGUUGUGACACACAGCAGUGCUUGGUGUCUUCGGCUAACAGAAGACGGGACUUGUUGUGACUCAGUGUCAGACACAAGAGAGCGCUGUUACGCCAGCAAAGGACAGAAAUCACCACACACUCUGUUGUGCUGUUGUCAGGAGUGAUUUCAAACGUUCACACAGGUAGAUAGUGUAGAGCUGACACCUAAAUGCACAUUACACGUCCAAAUGUGUUACCCAAGAGAUGGUUUGUCUGUUGUUGUUUUUUUUUAUCUGUUACAGUGCAUUUGAACAGGUCAAAACUCCUGGACCUGAGAU